AUGAGUGGGCAACGCCUGGAGCAAAUAUGUGUUUCCUCGACGAUAAAGGGUAGGAAGCUCUUAAUAUGUGCAAUCUACAUCCCACCGGAUAGGAGUCAGGAUGUCGGCGUAAUUAACGACCACCUUGCCUCCAUGAAUGAGUUAUGCAAUAAAUGUUCAAACGAUGAUGUUAUCCUGACAUGCGGUGCCUACAACCAACCGCACAUGCGUUGGCGUUCGAUUGAUAACGUUAUCCAAUGUGAUAGUUCUCAACUACCCUCGUCCAGUAGCACACUUUUGGAUGGCAUGGAUUAUUUGUGCCUCAAUCAAAGAAAUCUUGUGCACAAUCCACUCGAUCGCAUUCUCGAUCUGAUCUUUUGUUCGCCCGAUAUUGAUAUUGAUGUAUAUUACUGCCCGGCUUCGUUGUUGCCCUUAGACUCGCACCACCCCUCGCUUGAAAUCUACCUACCCGCGCGUGUGGUAUGUGUCGAAGCAAUAGAAAGAAGAGUGGACCGGCCUCUAAAUUUCCGUACAAUCGAUUUUGCUGCUCUUUUGGCCUAUCUGUCCACUGUUGAUUGGGAUAUGAUUUCUGCUAUUAAUGAUGUCAACGAAAUGGCCGAACGUUUUAAUUCCAUUUUGAACGAUUGGCUGGUUACGAAUGUUCCAAGAAUCAAACCGCCAGUUUCGCCCGUCUGGAGCUCGCACCGUUUACGUACACUGAAGCGCGCGCGCAAUGCUUGUCAACGGCAAUUACGUCGUCAGCGUACGCUUACCAACAGACAAUGUUUUCAACAAGCAAGUAAUGCAUAUAGGUCUUUGAAUGCUUCUCUCUAUAAAAAUUACGUGUUCCGUGUGCAAUCCGCUUUGAAAACAAACCCGCGUAGUUUUUGGCACUUUGUUAAUUCCAAAAGGAAAAAUUCAGUGAUCCCAAUGAAUGUUCAUUUGAAUGAUAUAACAGCAACGUCGGCUACAGAAUCAAGUCAGUUGUUCGCUGAGCACCUUGCGUCCGUGUUUGCAGAGAAUCCCGCUUCAAGGUCUGAAAUUGAAGAAGCCAUCCGUGAUGUUCCCGUUGAUAUGGUAGAUCUUGGUAUAUUUGUUGUAAAUCCGGAAAUGGUCUCCCUUGCUGCAGAAAAGCUCAAACGAUCGCUAACCCCUGGCCCUGACGGUUUGCCUGCAGUCGUGAUUUGUCGUUGUAUUGCCAUUCUUGCGUGA